UGUAUUCAUUAUUAUUGUAUAUUUACAUCUGUCGUAUUUCAAGAUCCAUCUCCAGAAAUUAAUCUCUGAUGUGAUGGCCAUGGCUAUAAUAAUAAUUUUGUCCAGUGAGAGAAUCCAUGGACGGACUGCAGGCCGUUUGGGAUCAUCAUCAUCAUCAUGAUCAUUCCUCUUCAUCUCUGCUAUGGAGCAAUUUCGCCAACAAUAAUAAGCUAAUAAUGGCAAUGGAUCAACAAGACGGAGAAGAAGACUUCUUCCUCAAUCCCAUCCCACAAUUCCUCCACUCCAAUAAUACCCACAAGGGCCAGGAUUCAGUUGGAAACACCAGCUCAUCAUUGAUAAUGACUCCUCCGGCCGCCGGCUUCGGUACCGACGGAUCGAUGGAGUCGCUGGACUGCUUGCUGACGUCAGCCUCGAACAACAGCCACACGGCCACUACUACCUCCGCUGAAGACGCCGACGACGACUGCAUUCCCCUCAUCUUCUCUCCCGCCGCCGCCGGGAACUUUUGGAACACCACUCCUCCUCUUCCACCCGCCGUCACCACAGCGACGGCAGUACUCUCCUCCGGAGAUUCAUCGGACAACUACGAUAAAACUACUCGUCACAACAACGACGGCCGUGCCACCGGAAAGAGGAAGAGCACCAAUGUCGAAACCGGAGGGCAUAAGAAAACUAAACCUUCCACGGCAAAGAAACCGAGGCAUUCCUACACGUCAGCAACCUCGUCGUCCGACGACAGGAGCAAGAACAUAAGCUUCCAACAAGGUACCUGCCUGACCGGCUCCUCGUACCCCGAGGAGCCGGACCAGGAGGCGAUAGCCCAGAUGAAGGAGAUGAUCUACAGGGCGGCGUGCUUCCGCCCCGUGAUGAACAUCGGGGCGGAAGAGGAUGUCGCCGCCGCGGCGACGGAGAGGCCGAAGAGGAAGAACGUGAGGAUCUCGACGGACCCGCAGACUGUGGCGGCCAGGCAGAGGAGGGAGAGGAUCAGCGAGAGGAUUAGGGUUCUUCAGAGGCUGGUCCCCGGGGGGAACAAGAUGGACACGGCCUCCAUGCUCGACGAGGCAGCGAACUAUCUCAAGUUCUUGAGAUCUCAAGUCAUGGCUCUCGAAAACAACAAGAUCUCGACAUCACCAUCGCCGCCAUCGUCGUCGGCAACCCUACAAAGCUUGUUCCCGCUGGUAGUGCCCACGAACUUGACAUUCUCUCCUUCGAUGAUCCCCACCACCAAUAAUUAUGGUCACAACCAAAGUGGUGGGAGUAACAUUCUUGGUAGUGGUGGUGGUGGUGUGGUUCUUCCCAUGCAAACCCAAAACAACUUUCCCAGUUUGUGCUGUAGCAAGCUUAGAGUAGUCAAGGCAGAAUGUAGAUGGAGAAAG